AUGUUCGCUGGAUCAGGAGGCAUUCAGCGGUGGAGCCUUCAGACCGUUGCGUUGGGACAGGACGAACGCAUCGCCGGUCUCCCGGGAGGUACCCUCUUCCCCGACGAGCUCGCACUCAAGCUCAUCCAGACCUACGACCAUAACGGGAAUGGCCUGCUGCAGCAGUCGGAGUUCGCCCCCACGGAGGAGCUCAGGACGAGGCUGGAGAACCUUUUCAGUCAGCAGCGGGAGGAGAAGCGCCUGGCGCGCAUGGAGGAGCGCCAGCGCCAGAUGGACGACAACAUGAGGCCGGACGCGGGGGCGGUGGUGGUGUCUCCCGGUGAUGUCAACGACGGCCUGGUCAAUACCGCCGACAACGCGCUGUCCGCGCUGCCGUACCUGCUGCCCCUGGCUGAUGGCAUCGUGUUCGCCGCCCACCUGUUCGGCGUGUUCCCGGAGCAGACGGCGUGGGCACAGCCACUGGCCGCUGCCAUCAACGUGGACAUCGCUCUGAUCUUGCCGGGGGUGGUGGGUGCGAUCGCGGGGGCGGUGUUGGGGGCGGACGCUGUGAAGCUGGCGCCUCUGGCGAACGCGGGGUCGGACGUUGUGUUUGUGGCGUUGUUGGCGGCCGUGGCGUACUCCGUAGGCACUUCGGCGACGGGGUCAUUCCCGAGCAAGCUUCCGUUGUUGGGGAGGUUGAACCGCGAGAACCCGGGCAACGAGCAGGAGGGAGAUGAAGAGUAGUGGAGCAUUUGUUGCAGGAUGGUGUGGUGCUGAUGCUGCUCUUGCUUCGUCUUGUUCUUUGUUUCACUGUGCAAAGUGUUUAUAGUGUACAUGUGGGUACUCAACAGAUGUUAUUUUGCCAGCAUGCCAGUCUUCCUGACUAAGUGCUGGAGGACUGAAUCAUGAGUGAUUAUUUUUGUUAGAUUCUGGGGUAGGUUGCCUCUGUACCCGGGUGAAUUUUGCGACGGAGGGUGCUGAUGAGAAAACAUUUGGUGUUUCUUGUUUUGACAUUUUGACAUGACGUGUGUGUGUUGUUGACAAGGUGAACAUUGCUCCGCCUGUAGGCUCUUGACAUUGGGCGGCUGUAGUCUCUUGACACUGGGCAUGUGGAACGAGAGAGGGUGUUGAUAGGAACGUUUUUUGUCUUUCGCUUUGUCAUACUUUCUGGCAUGACGUGUGCGUUGAGAGUGUGACAAUGUAGAGGUUGCUCCGCCGUCUGCUGUCAGUGUCUGUGUACCGCAGUUUGCCGGCUGAAUUAAUUAUCUUGGCGUUUUGGUGUACAUGGUUGGCGGAAUCGCUAGCGAGCACGUACAGCAUUUCACACGUUCUGGCUUGUUGUCUCAUGGGGAACAUGCUUGACGGAAGUACGUUCGAGUGUCGUCGGUCUUAUACUGAAGGAAGUGACGCCCUCUCUGUAUAUGGAACGAAGUAUCCUUUGGAGUGCCGCUGUCUCUUGUGUCCCAUGACGGGCUAAUGCACCCAGCGUUGGGGAAUUCGUAUCCAGAAAAAAUAUUACCGCUCAAUAAAACACUAUUGUCGGCAGAGGCAGGGUGCAAUCCACUUUCGUCCACCAAGGGCAAUGAACGCUUGGUGGUUUGUUUGGGCCUGGGUCAUGUCCGGGAUGCAUCCCUACAGACGCGGCUCCGUACUCCAGAACCGCGUUUGCCCAUGGACAGGAUGUUCACUAGGUUCGUUCUAGCUAUCGAUUGUCAGCGGACAGUCUUUUCGGUCGUUUCCUACACCCUCGUCUCGUUGAUAAGUAUCAUCUGGAUGGACGGGUGUGGACGACUGAAACCAACAGUAUGUAACUCAUUCCGGGAGGAUGCCAUGUCUAACGCCGUUUCCGAUACCGGUGGAAGCAUCGCCUCGGCGAAAAAAGUGUGUGGCGAGCAAAACCUCGCCGGCACAUGACCCUGGCCCUAAUCCGCUGUAUUUUCCUGUCACAUUGAGACGUCGUGGAAACAUCUUCGUGACACGUUUCCAGUCAGUCCUUACACCGAAUGGUGGCAGCAAGCAAAACGCUGAGAGUUGUCAUUGUAGGAAAACCUGUUAUUCCAUAUGCGCGGUACUGAAUACGUUCGAUGACUUCAGAUCGUCGGAUACGGUUUCGGUCGGGCCUCAUGCCAAACUGUUAACCCUUUUGGGUCUACAGGCGUCUUGACAGAUCAUUGAUUGAUCAUUUGUAAACGCUGGUGUUGUGGCAUGCCAUGGAGUUGCCGCCCUGUAUCUCUCCAAGCCAGGUGUUGGCAAGUCAAUAGGUAGGUGUGUCUUUAUUAUUCGCAUGGACCGCGCUACCCGGUGGCCAAUGAAAAGACGUUGGUGCCGGCGGGAAAUAUC